UAAACGCGAACUAUUUCCUUUCACAUUUCUCUUGCUAAGUUGAUACAUUUCGGUUACUUUUUGAAAUUCUUUUUCAUGAAGAACUCGAAUACAAUGUGCCAGGUUUGCGGAGCUGCGGAAGCAGACUUACAUUUUGGUGGAAUAUCUUGCAGAGCAUGCGCUGCAUUCUUCCGUCGUUUUUUUCUUUCAAAGAAACAAUCCAAAAAGUGCACGUGUAAAACCAGAAUUCUCGAUUCUCAUCCAUGUAGAAGUUGCCGGAUUCUCAAGUGCUUUGAAGCCGGAAUGACGUCGAAAAAAAUUCAAUCUGGUCGAGACAAGACAUCAACAAAAGCGAUAAGUUGUAUUUCUACAGAGAGCACAUCUAAUUCGUUAAGUGCACGUAUAAUUCCCCGUUCGUCGUUGAAUAUACAUGGUGCAGUACAUCUCUGGCAAGAGUUCGAAAAUACUCGGGCUUGUAAGAAAGGAACCAAAAGAAAUGCAUUGAUUGUUUCGACGUCAUCAGCCGGUGAUAUGGAUUCAACAUGGAAAAUGGUUAUAAAUUUGUUCUCUUCAUUAGGAGAAUUGGAAAUUAAAGAUAAGACUGCUCUAUUGCGAAACUUCAUGCCUAAAUUCAUACAAAUCGAUUCCGUACCGUACUUCGCUGCAAACAUCGAUGUGUUCAAAAAUAUCGGCAGAGAUGAAUAUGAGAGCAGUAUAAUUGAUUUUUACGACGGCGUUCUUCCUGAAACAAACACAAUUUCAAAGAAGGACACAAUAAGAAUAUUUGAACCGUACUGGAAUUUUUACACUAACAAAGUUAUUUUACCAAUUGCUCUGAUGAAACUGGAAGGUCCAGAGUUCAUGGCUCUUGUGUGGUUAUUGUUUUUUGAUAAUGGCUACACAAAUCUUUCCGAUAAGUGUCGAGAAGCGUGCCGAAACAUUAAAAAAGUGAUUCUUCGCGAGUUGAGAAGCUAUCAAAUUGACAGGAACUUCGAUCGAAAUCGGUUUUUUGAAAUAUUAGAAGCACUACAACUCGUCGAACGAGGAGAGAAGAAGUUUAUGGAGGAGAUGGUGAUUUGUGAACUACUAAACAUUAAAAUCGACCCAGGAUUCAUGGAGAUAAUAAGGGAAUCCAAACUGUAAUUUAAUAUUGCUUUUAUUUUUUCGAUUCUGACUUACAAUCUUCACUAGAAAACAAUUUCUUGGUUUCUUGACGUUAAAAAGUUUUGCAACCCUCUGAUUGAGAAAAAGUUUCGCAUUCCAUGAAAAUUACCAGUUCUAAAUAAUAAAGUCACUGAACCUUU